AUGAAUAGCAAUCCAUAUAUGAAUAGUGGUGGUUAUGAACCACCCGAAAAGAAGAAGAAAAUUAAUUUAACGCACACACAAGAGGUACAAUAUUCCGAAGAGGGUACAAUCGCAACAUUCUCACCAUCAUCAUCAACAAUUUCUAGUAAUAAUAAUAUAAAUGGAAGCAUCAGUCAAUUACUUCCCAUGGUUGACAAUAACGGUCAAAUAACUCACACAAGAUCGUCCCCUUACGCACCUGAAUCAGCCACAACAACGAAAUCCUCUAUACUACUGACAAACAAUGACCCCAUACCGAAUCCUGUCGCAUCAAAUGAAAUUGUGAACUCGUUGGUGUUUGGUUUGUUGAAUACUGUGAAUAAGACUAAAUCAACCAAUGUGUUUGGAAUUGGUCAUCAUCACCGAAUUGCUCAUCAAAAGCAUCAUUCCAUGCCCAAUAAUAUUUUGGAUCCCAACAGUCAUGAAAUGGAUUUAACCUCUGACAGCAGUGACAGUGAUGCGGAUGACAAAAAUAGUACUACUUCAUCCUCCUCUUCGUUUUCCUCCUUGUCAUCAUUUUCUGAUUCUCUGCCAACAAGCACCAUUGCAAAUCCCUUCUCAUCAACCUCCACACAUCAGCAAAUUCAAAAAUCACCAAGAAGAAAGUCACAUAGAGCACUCAUUGAAAAAGUCAAAAACUUGUUACUGGCCUCACCAUCCUCACUUUCUGACAAAAUGGAUUGGGAUGAAGUAGAAUCGUUAGAUCGUGUGUAUAGUUGCUGCGGAAAUAACUUUUUUGGGCAACUCUCGUGUGGAGAUAAAUCACGAAAGCCACUUCUCAUUCAAAAACUAUGCAGAGACAGCAUAAAACAUAUUGCAUGUGGGCAUGGGUUUGUAUUAAUUGCCACUGUGAACAAUGAGUUAUAUGCAUGUGGUGACAAUACCUAUGGCCAAUGUGCUGUGGGACUCCCUGCCAAACGUCACAUUACUCAUUUAAAAAAGGCUCAAUGGGAUUGCAAAAUGUCUAUCCAACAAAUUUCAUGUGGCUAUCACCACUCCAUGAUUUUAACAACAGAAGGCAAAGUUUUUGCAUGCGGAGCUAAUGUCGCAGGUGCUUUAGGACUUGGUGACUUUAUCAAUCGGAAUACCUUUCAAAGAGUUCGAUUAAUAUUUUUUGAUGACGCUGUUGAUCAUAUUGUGUGUCAAGGACAUUAUUCUGCAAUCAUUUCAAAGAAAGGACGGCUUUUUGUAACAGGAGUAAAUAUCGGAGGAGAAUUAGGAUGUGGUGACUGUAUUAAUAGAAAUCUUUUCACCUAUGUAUCAGACCCAGUUCCAAAUGUUAAACUUAUUGCAUUUAGACCUUCUUUUUCGAUAGUGACACUAACAACACAUGAGGUAUUAAUUGCUGGAUCUACUGUUGGACACAAAUAUCAAAGAACUGCAGGAUUUCCGACACAUAUCAAAAAAAUUGGAUUUGAUACCUUUAGGACCAUUGUAUUAUGUGAUAAUGGAGAAUUAUUUGUUACCGACGACAUACAUGUGGAGUUUAAUGAUGAAAAUAUUCCACAAUUUAUGUUCAAGAAAGUAGAUACUAUUCCUGAGCCAGUUGUUGAUUUUGAAUGUGGCUUGGGAUACACUAUUGCUCGAACAGCAAAUGCAUUCUAUGCUCUUGGUGAAAAGUCAUGGAUUUUCCCCACUCUUGCUGGAAAAGACAAAACCAAUGAAAAUCCAAUUCUUGAAGUUUUCACCAAAUUGAGAUCUCAACCAGAAGUGACACAAGAUCGAGUUGCGUGUGGAGGCACGUUUGUUUACUUCUAUAAGAUGAGCGAGGCCACACCUGUAAAACGAAACUUGCUAUGUGAUUUAUUGCAGCCUUUUGACCCUUUCCAAGAUAUUACAAUUUCAUUCGAGAACAAGAAACGCAAAUUGUGGGCUCUUGUUCAGCAAUCAUUUUCAUUUGAUGACAUAAAAAAGAUGAAACAUUAG